AUGGAAGUAGAAGGAACGGAUUUCGACCCCACCACCGAAGAAGGUCAAGUUGAUAUUAAUGACGAAGAAUACGAGUCUUUGCUUCCCGAUGACAACGUAAACUCACGAGGCCUUUUUGAUAAGCUAAGACGCAAAUAUGGCAGCAGGGCCCGCGAUGCUUUGCGCUCCCUUGGACGAAAGUGGAGUAGUAGGAAUCCCGGCAAAUCCCUUCCCGAGUACAUGCGAAUGGAAGACUUAGGGCCGAUUCCUGAAGCUCCCAGCGCCGAAUGGCUCCAAAAAGUCCAACGAGAAAUGGACGAAUCCAUGGAAGAAACCCCGGACGACUUCGACAGGCUUCAAGAACUAUUACCCGAUUGGGAUCCUAAGAAAGCACAGCUAAUGUUCGAAGAAGAUGAAUACGGUAGGGAAGUAAUUAUGGGUAGGCUUGCGAGAAGCGGCGCUAAGGUUUACGUCAUCCGUAAUGAAAAAGGAAGGUUCUUUGCCGACCCUAAAAUACCUCCAACUUUGAAGGAGGCCAUAGGUAGAACAACGGACGACAAGCUCCUAGCCGACAUACGAAAGCGAUAUCCUAAAGCAAGCUCGACUCUUUUAGAGUUCCAAAGGGGAAACAAGGGUCAAAUACAAGUCCGAUACGUAGGCAGGGAAAGAUGGUAUGACUUUUAUCAAAGCAAAAAGUCUAACGCACUUAACAAUGCCCUUCCAAAGGAAAUAACGACAGCACUGGGUAGACCUGACUUAUCCGUGCUGUCCAGCUUAACUAGUAAGGAAACAUCAAGGUUAGCUUCGCAAUUCUUCAAAGGUCUUAGCAGUCCUAAGGCUACCAGUCAAAUGCGCGCCAUCUCCGGAAUUCUGGAUAAGGAUCAAGGAAAGCUCGCAAAAAUACGAGCUACCAAGGAAAACAUAGAGGAAAAGCUAACGAGUACGCCGUCGGGCAGCAGCGCUGCCUUGCAGCUGCAGCAGUCUUUAGAAUCCCUCGACAUGGAAGAAAAAACGCAGCAAGAACUCAUAAACAAACACAGGGAACAGCUUGACGAACUUACGGAGCAAUUAGACGAAAAAACCGCCGAACUAGAAGCAGCGGCCGAGCACGUCGAAUAUUUAAAACAGACGAUGGACGAAAGGGAGGAGGAAUACAUGAAGCAAUAUCAAACGAUGUCGGAUUCUCACGAACGGGAAAGCGAGGACAAUAAGCAGCGCAUCAGCAUGUUGUUACAUGAAAGGGAUAAGGCUAGAAGGAACUUCGACCGUGCAGUUGCAGACGUUGGGGACAGAGACGCCGAACUCAGACGCGUGGGCGCACAGUUGGAAGCUUCUGUGAUGAAAGAACGGGAGUUAAACGCGCAAAUCGUCGUAACGGAGGAGCAGCUUAGGCAGGCAACGCAGGCUUACGAAGAUAUGGAGGCGCAGCUGGAAAGGCAGCAGGAAGCAGCCGCGGACCAAGGGCGCACUGAAGGGGAAAGGGAAGCUGCCCAAGCGGAAGCAGAAGCCCUUCAGGAACGCUUAACGGAACUGCGGGCGCAAAGGGAUGGGCAGUAG